ACACUGUUUAAGAUGUGACCAACAAAAUAACAAGGGAAACAACAUGGGGGAAAUGAUCAAAUAUAAUGCUGUGACCUCAUUCCCUCCCCUGUGACAUUUCUCCAUUCUUCAUCAUUGAUCUUAAACUAUGAUGGAUUGGUGUAUAAAAGUUGACUAUGAUCUUACCCAGAAACGUUUUGUCACUACUCCUAAGUUGGGCUUUGCAUGGUCAAUCAAGGCUAAAUGCCUUUCUUCUGUCUAUGAGCCAUACAGCAUUUACUGCGAUAAGGCCUCUGCAAAAGUCAAGGCAUUUAUACUUCUUGCCUUUGCAUAGCAGAGCUGUUGUCAAGGAUGUGAGUUUGUGUUUAUACUGGACCUCCCGCCUCCACCUACCGUCAACCAAUCAUGUCAAUGCAGAGCUAUAUGGAGCCCUCCGCAUUGUUACAGUAUUUGGGCAGCGCACAACGAUGCAGUACCUGAGUUCAAAUUUUGCCUCUGCCAGCUUCUGGAGGCUCCGCAAUUGCCUCACAUCCUCCAUACGGCGCCUUCGACCACACUUUCCAAUCAAGCAUAAAUGGACUUUUAGGAGAAAUAUUUCCCAUAUAGAGUUUAGGAAGGAGUAGGUCCUGACCUUUGGUUACGCAGAGUCGUCACCAGAUGGUGCUCUAGGUUCGCGUGUAAUGGACACUUCCAAGUCAACUAUAUGUCAUGGAGUCAAUCAUCAAUAGGCUUUUAAUCUAUUUUGGCAAACUAAAUUAAUUUUUUACUAAAUCAACCAAAAUCCGCGUUAUUUAUUCAUGUGAAUUGAUUAACUACCAUGUUUUGCAGCAAAAAAAACUCAGUGUUCGCAGUCUCUCUAGGCCAGAGUAGACCACCCUGUGUUUAAAAAAUAAAAUUUGGGGAAACGUCUAGCUAGGCAUGUAAUAAAUUACAGAGACAUCUAAAAUGUACAACUCUUAACAGGGCUCUUUGCAUUGGUUGGAGCGCUUGUCAAUCAUAUUGCCCAUUGUCUCGUUGGUGCGACGCAUAGUAGAACUCGAUCUGGUUGUAAGCGCGAGAAAGCAGUUGUGGCAGCAGAACCAGUGAUGGGUGCACUGAUCUCAAGUGCUGUUUAGUUGGAAUUGUUCAAACUUUUACGUGGGGAGUUGAAAUAACAUGAAGUGUGAACUUGGAACUAUGUUAAGGUCAACGAUGUUGGAAUUACUUUUGUUUUCAUUGACAGCUGGGUUAUAUCGUGCUGCACCGCGCGCCUCCAACAACAAUGAACUGUCUGUAUCAAAGCAACCUGCCAUGUCCGAAAUCACACUCGGGCAGCUCGGCACUACCAUGCCAAAUUAUUUACCCGAGGACAAUGUGAGGUUGUCCACAAUUUCAGCGCUCUCCCCAGUUUCUACCGCUACCACAUCGGCAAACUGGAUUACAGGUAAAACCACUAAAUCUUCCCAAACAAACAAGUUGACCCGAACAGCAAAGACCACCAUAAGUGAGUCCAUAUUGGAGUCCUCAGUAAAAAACAAUGAUGGUACAGCUGACAUAACGCCGAUAAUUUACACAGGAAUAUUUCGAACUACAACACCAACUGCUUCGACAAUUUCUCCAUCGAGGACUCCCGAAACAAAGACACAUUCUUCGUCCACCUCUCUGCCUUUACCUGUCCCCACCACUGACACGCAACAAACUGAGUUCCUGUGUAACUGUAGCAGAGAGGGAUCUCUGGAUCUAGACCGCUGCGACCGCAGCACAGGGCAGUGUGUCUGCCUGUUGGGCUACAUGGGACUGCGGUGUGCUGACUGCCAGGAGGCCCACUUCAACAACGGCACCACCGGCUGCAUCCCCUGUAGCUGCGACUCCUACGGUGCUCUUGGACCCCUCUGCGACAGCUCUGGGAUGUGCGUGUGUAAGACAGGCGUAUACGGUGACAAGUGUGACGAUUGCCACCCAGGUUUCUUCCGGUUCAGCAGCACGGGUUGCCAGCCAUGCCAGUGCAAUAAUCACUCCAGCUACUGCCACCCACAAUCAGGCAUCUGCUUGAACUGCCAAGGGAACACCAAAGGACCCAGCUGUGAGGAAUGCAAGUAUAAUUUCUACCGGAGGCCCAGCGCUGCCCUUACUGAAGUCUGCGUCCCCUGCCCCUGCUCCAGCGUCACCUCUUCUGGCAGCUGCCACCUUGACCCCAGAGGACAAUCUGUGUGUGACCAGUGUAAGCCAGAGUACCAGGGGCCCCACUGUGACCAGUGCAGGGGUGGAUUCUACAAUGCGGACAGCAUCUGCCUUCCUUGCAACUGCAGCGGGAACGCCGACCCCGGGACCUCGCCCCGCAUCUGCAACCCUGAGACGGGUCACUGCCUGAGCUGCGUCAACAACACGUCGGGGAAACACUGCGAGCGUUGCGCUGAAGGAUACGUGGGUAGUGCCAUCAUCCACAGCUGCAAAGCUAUAGUCACUCCCACCCCUGAGCAGAACACGACAACAACCACCACCACCCUGACCCUGCGCUCCACCACCACUACCCCCUCUAGUGGCCACACUAUGACUUCCACCUCCAACGCCACCACCACAGCCUCCAGCACCACACCAGGUCUCCUUGCCAACACCACGGCCGCCAUCUCCGAGGUCUCCUGGACCCAGUUCAAUGUCAUCGUCCUCGCGGUGAUCAUCGUGGCAGUGGUGGUGCUGAUGGGCGUGGCGGGCGGUGUCUAUACCUACCGCGAGUACCGCAACCGCAAGCUGAACGCUCCGUUCUGGACCAUCGAACUUAAAGAGGAUAACAUCAGCAUCAGCAGCUACCACGACAGCCUGCCUAACAUGGGGGACGUGUCGGGCCUGCUGGAGGAAGAGGCCAGCAUGGAGGUGGCGCCCAACGGCCAGCUGGCGCUUAGCAGCCCCAUCAACAUGUACAAGGCGUGAUGAUGGGCCAUGGGCGGGGAUGCUUCUUCUUCUUUGGUGUUUUAACGGCGGUGUGCAAGCUAAUGUUUAUUGGUGUUACCGCAGCCUUCUGGACUAGUGUGGUAAAGACUCAUCCUCUGGGAAACUGUAUUCUGUCCCAUCUCUACCACACCCACCAACCCCACCCGUGGUGGUCACACCCACCAUGGAACUCUGACUGGGGGAGGAAGGUCUCUGACUGGGAGAGGCAAAGAUGGGGGGGAGGUUUAUCAUCCUGUCCUCAGGAUUUUAAUAAUAAAUGAUCUGCUUGUUGCAGUUACUAAAAUGAGGAGGAGCUGGAAGGAUGGACUAACUACAGAAUCAGAAAUCAAGUGACUUCUGAGUCACCCAGACUGGGAGAAAACAACCUGAGUUUGAAUGGUUCAGAAGGGCCUGGGAGUUUGAAUGGUUCAGAAGGGCCUGGGAGUUUGAAUGGUUCAGAAGGGCCUGGGAGUCUUUGUGCCCUUCAUGAUUCAACCUUUGAGCCACAGGGAACCACAUUGACCUAGGAAGAGAGUGAAGGUGAGCAUGUGGAGGUCCGUGAUGGCUGAGUGUCCAGCCAGGCCUAUGAAACCAGUUAACUGAAGCCCACUCUGAAACGCUGCAUCACACAAUCUAAAACAUACUGAAUAUUGACAGUAUGUGCACCUCUUCAAAUACACAUCCUCAAACACUAUGUUUGCACAUAGAGUACUGCACACACAUGCACAAGCACUAAAUAAAACACACACACAUGCAGACCUUGUACCAUAAUAAAACACAUACACACAAAAUAAAGAGAGCGUGUAUUGUCCUGGUUGGUUUCGAUGGAGGAUAACUUGCUUCAAAAUGGUUUAUUUACAUUGUAUAAUGAGAGAGAAAAUGGACAAAGUUUUGCAACGAUUAUGAUUCAUACAACACUGCUGUGGGGCCAUUUUGGUAUGUUUUGACACUAAAAUGAAACGAUUGCAGGGUUCUAGUACACUGUUAAGUCUAGGGCAUCUAUUUCACUUGGAGAAAACAAGAGGCUCCAAAUUUUAAACAAGUGUUUUUGUUUAUGUUAUUUGAUAAUUUAUUGCUUUCUGUUUUCCUCAAUAAGCUUUCUGCUAAUGUGUUGCACAGACAGAUUUUAGCCAUGCAGAUGCCAGAAGGCCCAUUACAGAAAAUGUAUUGGUUUACAGCUGAAACUAAAGUUAAGGCAGGAGAAGUUAUUUUCAUGGUUUCUUAUUUUAUUCAUAAUAAUAAUAAUAAUGAACUAGAUUUGUGUAGCAAGUGCUCAAAUGGUUUUACUAUUAUCCACUACUUCCACCUGGAUGAUGACGCUCGAGUUCAGUAGGCAUGAAACAGAAGAAAAAGAUUGAAACGUGGAGACACUACCAAGACAUGUUUUCGUUUUCUGUUUCAAAACAUUUUACUACCCGUGUUACCUACUGAACAUGACCCAGCUGUCACAGUGGACAGAUGAGGAAGUGCAUCAUACACAUUAAGAAUCAGGGGGGAGUAUGUGGGCAUGAUUGUCUGAGGGAAUUUAGCCAGGACAGCGGGGUUUAACAACACCCGUACUCUUGCUACUUUUUUGGAGCAUAGCUAGUAAUACUUAUGGAAAAUGAUGAAACCAUUUAGCGGUGAAUUCAAAAGCAUGCGAAAAUAGGGAGGGCAGAGCGCUUUCCCAAUUAUUUUGAAUGCAACGCAAACUGGUUUGAAUUAUGAGAUUUGGGAGAACUAUUGUCACCAUACCAGGUUUCUUUAAAAUUGUAAUUACCUAACAAUUCCCACAUGCACCGAGUGUACCAAACAUUAGGAACACCUUCCUAAUAUUGAGUUGAAAUCUCUUUAGCUCUCAGAACAGCCUCAUUUAUUCAGUGCAUAGACUCUACAAGGUGUCCAAAGCGUUCCACAGGGAUGCUGGCCCAUGUUGACUCCAAUGCUUUCCACAGUUAUGUCAAGUUGGCUGGUAGUGGAUCUCUGCUCUGAAUAGCUCGUUCCAUCUCAUCCCACAGAUGCUCAAUUGGAUUUAGAUCUGGUGACUGGACAGGCCACUGUUGUUUGUGGAACCAUUCCUGGACAAUCCUAGCCUUGUAGCAUGGGUCAUUUUCCUGCUGAAAAAAUCAAUUCGCAGAUGGAUACACUGCUGCCAUGAAGGGAUGCACUCAGUGUAUAUCAAAUGUCUAGUUUCAGUUAUCAAUAAUGGUUCUUACCUUCCUUCAAGCUGCUCAACGGAUCUGAAGCUCUGAACCCCCCCCCCCCAUUUCCCUGCAAUACAUUUCUCCCCAUCUUUCCACCUAGAGAUCAUGUGCUUUUACUCCCUCGGGUACUGUCCUGCUCAUUGUAAAUAUGAACAUGAUGUACAGAUUUGUUGUAAAUAAGAAGCUACUAUUGUAGAUAGGAGGGUGAAUUCUUUUCAGGACUGGGAAAUUCUGGGCCUCUUCUCUGGGUUGUUUUGACAUCCAGGCAUAUUAGGGGUAUUCUCAACUCUGAUCUCUUCCCAUUGAAACGACAUACCAACCUUAAUUCUUCCAUAGAAGCAUAGGUGCUGAAAUUUACCAGAUGCCUUUUCUGUCCGAUACACCUUGUACAUACCACAGCUAAUGUAACCUACCAAAAUUAAACUCUGUUUUUGUUUAA